AUGGGUCUUGUCGACUAUGGAAGCGACUCGGAUAGCGAAAAUGAAGAUUCAUCUUCGCCUUUGGUUUUGUUCUUUUUUUCUAACUUUCACAGAGUUCGGUUCAAUAUUUUAAUUAUUUUUUGAAUUGAACUGAUUUACUGCAGAACUCACAAAAGCCAGGACCUUCCAAUUCGAACGAUGUUGAAAUGACGUCAGAAGACGCCCUUGACGAAUCGGUCAAGCCAAAGGCUUGGGAAAUUGAACUGGCAGAAAAGGCGAAAAAGAAAUUGGAAAAGAAGGUUUUGCGUUGCGACGGUUAUUCUUCAAAGUGUGCCCAUUUUAGGCUAAAAAAGCAGCCAAGAAGGAAAAAAAGGCGGCAAAGAAGGAAAGUAAAGAAAAGAAAAUUCGCAUAGAAAAAGUCUCGACGGGCGUCGGAAAGCCAGUAAAAGAGAAAGGUAGUGUAAUAAAAUAUGAGUAGAUUUCUUAAUUUUAGCACGAAAAGAAAAAUCUCCAUGAAAAAUUGAAAGUUUUUUUUUGGUCGGUAAUAUCUGAAUAGAAUUUUCGUGGUUUUCUUUGAAAUUUCGAUAUUUAGAAACUUUUUCUCAUUACGAGUAUAAUUUAGUUCGAUUCAAAUAAUGGAUAAAGUCUGUCAAAGUUUUUCUACUAUUCAAUUUGUAAUUUUGUGCUUGACUUAAUUGAAUAAAUAAAAAAAAGCCGAUUGGUCGUAUUACGUUAGUUUGAAAAGGAUUCCCGAAUAUUAAAUGGAAAAUUUUGUUUUUUUUUCAAACGUAAGCCAUCUAGUUGUCACUAGAAAUAGUUUUUGUAAAAUUUCCAAGGAAGAGAAAAUAUUUCAAAUAUUUCCUGACUCCGAAACAGACGGCGCCAUAUUGAAGGGCCAUCCUAGUACUGCUUUAAACAUGCGUGGAAUUUAACCAAAGUUCCGGUUUUAUAAAUAUUCAAGUUUUUCAGGUAAAGUGGUUAUUGCGGCGUUUGGCGCGCUUGGAAAUCUGAUGAAAGACGCGGAUUCGGACAGUGAUGAUGAUGUGGUAAGUCUUCCGUUUGGUCUAACUCAUAUUUCGUUGAAUCAGUGAAACGUCCUUGAUUUCUCUAAACUAAAUUCAUGUUAAGAAAAACCAGUCAGUGCUCUUUUUUCGCAAAUAAGAAUAUACAUUAUAUAAUUUAGCGUUCGAAAUUCUUUUUCAUAGCAUUAAUCCAUGAAAUUAAAGUUAUUAAUACCUUGUUCUCGCUUCUGGAAUAGAAAAAAAAUUUUUGAAUUGUGUGAUUGAUUUUUCAGACUUCUAUAAAUGAUCCAAAGUUUUUAUUUUCAAAACUUUCUUAAAUAGGUUUUUUAUCGGAAUUUUUUUUUCUCAUAUCAAGGUUAUCAAGUGAGGAAGUGUGGGUUUUGUUAUUUCAGUGCCAUUUUCUCUCAAGACAGAAACCUUAGCUACCCUAGUAACUGAGCUUCUUUCACGAAGAACAUUCAAACGUUUUCUCGUUUCGCAGUUUUUAUUUUUCAAAGCCGGAACUUUUUCAGCCACGACGUCCUACCACAGCUGCGAAGCCAACGGGCUUUCUGUCAAUGUUGCCGGCGCCAAAAGGCAAGAACAACGUCGCCGGAGCCUUGGGCAGUGUCGCCAGUUCUAUGAAGCCUCUGUCGGUGGCCAGAAAACAGGUUUCAAUUCUCUUUAAAAAUCGAGAAAAAUUCAAAUCAAACAGUCAAACGAUCAGUAUUGAAAAAAGUUAAGAAGCGUCGCUUUCAUUUCAAUCAUCGAGGUUUUAUUGAACAACUUUCUCGCUUUUCAAGAUUUUCUCAGCGUGUUAUCCUCAAAUAUGGAUUUUCACAGGUGAAACAGGCUAUCACAAGCAGGCCAGUACCCAGUCUGGUCCAAGCCGGGUCUGACGAUUCCGAUGAUGAACCCGCGGAUUUUUUUGGUUUAUCUUCGUCCGGUCCUUCGCGAGUUGAACAACCUAUCGAGGUAUCAAGGACCGUUUCUUCAGAAACAUGUGUUAUUUGAGAUCCCGGCCUUGCCGAUCAACGGCUCGAUGGAUCUGGUCGGACCUUCCAGGCCUACUCAGGAGGAGCUGCACCCGAGCCAGCUCUACAACCACGUCGAUAUGCCUGAGGAGGAGUACGUUCCCCGCGGCGGCGUCAUCUCUGAUGAGGUCCGAGAGUCCUUUCCACAUUACAUGACCGGUCGCAAAUUUUUUUGCAGACAAAACUCAGCUCUAAAAGUUUUGAUAGCUUCGAUAGGAGUAAUGAGUGGGAGCAAUGCUCUUAUAAAUCAUUUUUGCAGUGCUUUAUGUCUUCUAAGUUUUUUAGGACGGUUUUAAUUUGGUAGGAAGUAAAGUAUUAUUGAUUUACUCUGUUCCGAAGCAAUUUUAGGUGAUAUCUUUCGAUUAAUUUCUUCAAAUACAAAAUUAAGAGUACAUCGUCCAGCUUUAAAAUAAAUAGAGUCAUAGUCUAUAGCUACAUUCGAAACGAGAAUAAGUUAAGUUUGUUUUUGUUUUUAAAAAAUGUAUCUUUUAGUUGUACUCUUACUGAAAACAAUUCGUUCUACCGAACCUUUGAGGGCUAUUUUUUAGAGAGAGAGAGAGAGAGAGAGAUAUGGAGAACAUUGAGAGCCAUACAGUGGGCUGAAAAGACAACAAUAAAUUUGCGUCUCUUCUGUACGCUUUUCGCCUCUCCCUAGCUGUUUUCGAGGUCCCAUGUUCGAAGUCCUGUUCUCCGAUUCAAUAAUGUACUCACAGCUGGUUUGAGGACUAGAAAACUAUCAAAAAGCAAUUCAAGUGUCGAUAUUGCGUCUGAAUUCGCGAUCCAAGCGCUCAUAAAUGAAAGUAAAUGCAUUUUUUCUUUCAAAUGUUCUGUAGUAUGGAGUUGUAUCUUCAAAGUUUUAUAGAGUUUUCAACUCUUUAAGAAGUUGAUCCAUUCACCGCUAGCAAAAAUGAUACAAAUGCGUAUAAGUCGUGCUAAAAAAAUUUUUUUUUGAAAGCUAAUGAAAAAAUUUGUCACUAAAACUACUGCAUUUCGCAGGGAGCCCAUCGUCUCAUCAUGCAAUACGCCAGGGACAUUGGACCUGGCGAAGACAGGUCUUACAACGAUAUGGCCGCGAAUUUGGUCGACGUCAAAGUGGAUGACGUCAGUUUUUUUUUUCUUUUCAAUGGCACUAGUAUUAUUACUAGAAAACUGGCUUUCAUUCCAUAAAAAAUAGUAAUUUCCCUUCAAGUUUGAUUUUUUGAAGUGAGUUUCAAUAAUUUAAUUCAAUUCAAUAUUUGAUCACUUUAUUUCGCAGAAGUUACUUUAGCUCACACUUGGAGGAAAUUUACAUAUUUGGGCUUUUCUUUCGACUCAAAAUAUCUGAUAAGAUAUUUUUAAGGAGAAGAAACGAAAAAUAAUUCGUUUCAUCCGUUUUAUUCAAUAUCUCAAACUCUAUUUUCGAAUCUGUUCAAUUUUCUUCAGGCUCUUGGCAGCGACAUCAAGGCGACAGUGUUGAAGAACUUGACCCACCACGCGUUCAUGAAAUCGACGCAAGAGCCGCUGCCUCAGCCGCCAGGAAUGACCAAUCAGCUUGCACGACGCAAGCAUCAAAUCACAUACCUCGCCAAUUUGGUCAGUUGAAUCGAGUCAUCAAAUCCUUGCAAAAAAAAAACGGCUUGUUACGGUACUGUAGUUCCGAUCAUCUGUGCAUACACAGAACGGAGUAAUUCGAAAAACUGAACUUCACGCUAUAUUUUUAAAAUGAGUGUCUUUUUAUUUCAACAUUUUUUUCUUCUGGGAGAUUUUUGUCUGGUCUCGGACAGAAGGAAGACACCAGGCGUAAGAGUGAAGUAUUUCUGGGACACUGAUAUAGCUGAUUUACGGCUGGCUUGAGCCAUCAGAAAAAAAAAAUUCUGAAAAUGUAUUAAGAGAAUGCCUGGUUUAUGCAGAGCUGACAGGCCACGGAAUUUUGCCUUCCAAGGUAACUGUAAAUCGGCUAUCGGCUAUAUGCCUCUCAAGGGCUCACUUAAAAUCUCGGGAUCCAACAACAAUAUUCUCUCAUUAAAUAACUGAAUAUGACAAGUUAAUUUUUUUACUCUUUUUUUUGCUGUUUCUUCACGUAUGUGAUCGGUUUUUCAGGCCGUUUCGCGCGAGGAGCAGCUACAGGAACAAUGGGCUCAGCAAAAGCAAACGAAAAGGAUGGGACGCGCAAAGUACGGAUUUUAA